AUGGAGGAGGUUUCGGAGGAGGUCAUGGAGGCGGCUAUGGAGGAGGUGGUGGUUUUGGAGGCGGUUUCGGAGGGGGUCAUGGAGGAGGUCACGGUGGAGGUUACGGAGGUGGUGGAGGUUUUGGAGGAGGUUUUGGAGGUGGUCACGACAUUGGUGGUCAUGACGAUAUCGGCGGAGAUAGAGGUACUCAGAAAAAGAAACGCCGAAAGAAAAAUAAUAUUAUACUGUGGAGAUGUCAUCAUAGAUCACGGUGGUGGUCACGGAGGAGGCUACGGUGGAGGCGGUGGUUUUGGAGGUGGCCAUGGAGGAGGUGGUAUCAUCAUAGAUCAUGGAGGACAUGGAGACGGCGGUUUUGGAGGUGGUCACGGAGGUGGCGGUUACGGCGGCGGAGGUGGUGGAGGCGGCGGUAUUAUCAUAGACCAUGGAGGACAUGGCGGCGGCGGUGGCGGCGGUUUUGGAGGUGGUCACGGAGGUGGCGGAGGCGGCGGUGGCGGCGGUGGCUUUGGAGGAGGUGGUGGAUACGGAGGAGGACACGGUGGUGGUUUUGGAGGCGGCCAUGGCGGUGGAUUUGGAGGUGGCCACGGCGGUGGAUUUGGAGGAGGUGGAUAUGGCGGCGGUGGUGGCUUUGGAGGCGGACAUGAUAUCGGUGGAGAUGAUCAUGGCUCCAGCGGUUAUGGCAAUAGUAUAUCAUCUGAUUUUGGUAGCAGUGGCCACGGCGGAAGCAGUUACAGUUCUGGUGGCGGCUUCGAUUCCUAUUCAAGCGGUCACGGCGGAGGUGGUGGCGGUGGCGGUGGCGGUGGCGGUGGUUACAGUGGAGGUCACAGUGGUGGUUUCUCCGGUUAUCACAAAAAGAAAUAA